CCACUUUCUGCCGUGAUAGACUCCAGAAUCUAUAAAGGUGGAUUCUACCGUAUUUUAAAGACAUUUUUCUUAAAUUGAAUCAAAAGAAAGAUUGUGAAGGAGAUAAAUUCGUCAGAGGAAAAUGCUAGUCAAACUAAAAAUUCUGUUUCAUUUGGUUGCAAUUUGGUCUGCGAGUGUUGAAAGUGUUUGCAUCGAUGAUACACCACCCUACGAGCCUACCAACGGGGCUGUAUGCACUAGCAUAACUACAUUUGUAUUCGUUGACAGUGGAACUAUUCCUGAUGAUGCAACUCCCUUUACAUGCGCUGAGAAUUUAGUUUGCGCUGAUGAACCAGAAAUAUGUGUUAGUGCAUCGGAAUAUCAAGCGUCUUGCGCUACACCAGCAGCGAAAUGUAACGAUUGCAGCAAUAGCGCAAAAUACGCCUGCGUGAGCGAAAAUACCUUUGCUGUUUGCGUGAAUGGGGAACCACUGACCGCAUAUAAACAGUCGUGUCCUAGCAAUCAAUACUGUGGCUUUGACGAACCCUCGAAUACUACCAAUACCUGGCCUUGUACCAAUUCAACGGCGAGAAUGGCAUGCAGUUCUGAUUCCUCAAACAGUACAACAACAACCACAACUACUACAUCGUCAACAACCGCUUCUUCAUCGUCUUCAACUUCAAGAACUACGACAACAGUCUCGCUAGUAGCGGCUUGCGAUGGAGUUGUGGGAUCUCAUCCUGUAGCAUCAGAUACCACUUGCAAAUCAUAUUUCUACUGCUACAAUGAUGGAGGCGUAAUGAAGCGAUCAGAUUUCACAUGUCCUGGCGAUUACGUAUUUAAUAGCGUGACUAAAAGAUGUGUACUUCCAUCGAGUUUCACAUGUGCUGUUACAACUUCUUGAUAAACAGAAUAUUAUGUUUCCAUUUAUGUGUAUCUAAAUGUAUCUGGAAUUGAACAAAAAUUGGUUUCAUUUUAUAU